UUCCUUGUUGCCACUGUCACGACUGGAGCCGCCUCUCUCCGACAGCGGGGAGCGCGAGUGCGCGGGCAAGCCUCCUAGUCUAGCCCUUGGGCCAGGCGCCUCCGGGAAUGUGAGCCGCGCGGCUAGCACGCUCCUCCUGCCAUGGAUGCAUCAUAUGAUGGUACUGAGGUAACUGUCGUGAUGGAGGAAAUUGAGGAAGCCUUCUGUUAUACCUCCUCUGGGCCACCUAAGAAGAAGAAAAAGUAUAAAAUACAUGGAGAAAAGGCCAAGAAACCCAGGUCUGCUUACCUUCUGUACUACUAUGACAUCUACCUGAAAGUGCAACAAGAGCUCCCCCACCUCCCACAGUCUGAAAUCAAUAAGAAGAUUAGUGAGAGUUGGAGACUUCUCAGCGUGGCCGAGAGGAGUUACUACUUGGAGAAAGCCAAACUAGAGAAAGAAGGUUUGGAUCCUAACUCUAAACUGUCUGCACUGACUGCUGUGGUUCCGGACAUUCCAGGUUUCCGCAAGAUCCUUCCCCGCUCAGAUUACAUCAUUAUCCCCAAGAGCAGCCUACAGGAGGACCGGAGCUGCCCUCAGUUAGAGCUGUGUGUGGCUCAGAACCAGAUCUCCCCUAAAGGACCUCCUCUUGUGUCCAGCACUGCCCCAGAGACAGUGUCCAGCCAUGCUGGCAUGGCAGAGCAAUGCCUGGCUGUGGAGGCCUUGGCUGAGGAGGUGGGAACCCUUGCUCAUCCAGGUGCUGUACAAGAGAUUGCCACCUCAGAGAUGCUCGGCCAGGAUGUGCUUUUGGAGGAGGCUUCCUUGGAGGUAGGAGAGAGCCGCCAGCCUUAUCAGACAAGCCUGGUAAUUGAAGAGACCUUAGUGAAUGGCUCAUCAGACCUCCCCACUGGAAGCCUGGCUGUGUCCCACCCUCAGGUUGGGGAGAGUGUAUCAGUGGUGACAGUCAUGAGGGACUCCUGUGAGAGUAGCUCCUCUGCACCAGCCACGCAGUACAUCAUGUUGCCUCUGCCUGCCUACUCAGUUGUGGAGAACCCCACCUCCAUCAAACUGACCACUACAUACACUCGCCGGGGCCAUGGGACGUGCACCAGCCCAGGUUGCUCCUUCACAUAUGUCACUAGGCACAAACCACCUAAGUGCCCUACCUGUGGUAACUUCCUAGGAGGGAAGUGGAUCCCAAAGGAAAAGCCAGCCAAAGUCAAAGUAGAAUUGGCUUCAGGUGUCUCUUCCAGAAGUUCUAUGGUUAAAAGAAAUCAGCAGCCUGUCACCACUGAGCAAAACUCCUCUAAAGAAAAUGCCUCCAAACUGACUCUGGAAAACUCAGAAGCUGUAAGCCAGCUCUUAAAUGUAGCUCCUCCAAGAGAAGUGGGUGAGGAGAAUGAGUGGGAGGAAGUGAUCAUCUCUGAUGCCCAUGUUUGGGUCAAGGAAGCUCCUGAGAGUCGUGGUACAGCAGUCAGUAAGACGCCAGUUGUCAAGAGUGGUGUGCAGCCCGAAGUCAUUUUGGGGACAACUGAGAAUGACAUUCCUGGACCAGACAUACCACCACCAGCUGAGGGGACCAGCACCUCUAGUCCGCUCUCUGCUCCUAAGAAAUCUGCAGGAUUUGACCUGCUCACCACUGGACCCAGAGCCCCAGAGCUUAAAGGCAGAGCACGGGGAAAGCCCUCAUUACUGGCUGCAGCCAGACCCAUGAGAGCAAUUCUGCCAGCCCCAGCUAAUAUAGGGCGAGGCAGCAGCAUAGGACUGCCCAGGGCCAGGCAGGCCUUUCCCCUGAGUGAUAAGGCUCCUUCUGUGAGGACUUGUGGCCUGAAGCCAAGCACACUGAAGCAGCUGGGCCAGCCCAUCCAGCAGCCAUCUAGCACUGGUGAAGUGAAGAUACCAGGUGGCCCGAACAACAGGACUUCUCAGGUGAAAGUUGUAGAGGUCAAGCCUGACAUGUUUCCUCCGUAUAAGUACAGCUGCACUGUCACACUGGAUUUGGGCCUGGCUACAUCAAGAGGCCGGGGAAAGUGCAAGAAUCCCUCUUGUAGCUAUGUCUACACCAACCGGCACAAACCUAGGAUUUGUCCCAGCUGUGGUUUUAACCUUACCAAAGACCGGACUGAGAAAACUACCAAGGCCAUUGAGGCAAGCUCAUCACUUUCAGAUGGGCUGAGUGCCACAGAGCCCCUGAGUGCAGCCCAGAGGGAGAUCCAGCGCCAGUCCACACUGCAGCUACUGCGAAAAGUCCUGCAGAUUCCUGAGAAUGAGUCAGAGCUGGCUGAGGUCUUUGCCUUGAUUCAUGAACUCAAUAGCUCUCGACUUAUCUUGUCCAACGUGAGUGAGGAGACAGUCACCAUUGAGCAGACCUCUUGGUCGAAUUAUUAUGAGUCUCCAUCCACGCAGUGCCUUCUCUGUAGCAGCCCGUUAUUCAAAGGAGAACAGAAUUCCCUGGCCGGGCCCCAAGAGUGCUGGCUGCUGACAGCUAGCCGACUGCAGAUGGUUACCGCCCAGGUGAAGAUGUGUCUGAACCCUCAUUGUCUGGCUCUGCACAGCUUCAUGGACAUCUACACAGUUCUGAGAGUUCUGAUAUAUGCAGACUUGUGUACCUGCCACCUGUCAACAUAUAGAACAGGUCUCUUUAAUGUGGGAAACAAGCUGUUAGUAAGCUUGGAUUUACUUUUUGCAAUCCGAAACCAGAUCAAGCUGGGAGAGGACCCCAGAGUGUCUGUCAGUGUUGUGCUGAAGUCAGUGCAGGAGCAGACAGAGAAGACUCUGACCUCAGAGGAGAUGAGCCAGCUGCAGGAGUUGCUGUGCAAUGGUUAUUGGGCUUUCGAGUGCCUCACUGUGCGAGACUACAACGAUAUGAUCUGUGGUAUUUGUGGUGUGGCCCCCAAAGUGGAAAUGGCUCAGAGGAGUGAAGAGAAUGUGCUGGCCCUGAAGAGUGUGGAGUUCACCUGGCCUGAAUUCUUGGCCUCCAGUGAGGUGAAUGUGGAAGACUUCUGGGCCACGAUGGAGACAGAGGUGAUUGAGCAGGUGGCGUUCCCUGCCAGCAUUCCUAUUACCAAGUUUGAUGCCUCUGUUAUUGCCCCUUUCUUCCCACCACUCAUGAGAGGAGCUGUGGUCGUCAACACUGAGAAAGACAAAAGCCUGGAUGUGCAGCCAGUACCUGGCAAUGGCAGUGCCUUGGUGAGAUUGAUCCAGGAGGGCACCUGCAAGAUUGAGGAGAUUGGCUCCUACAGUGAGGAGGAGCUGCGGCACCUGCUGGGGCAAUGUGGCAUCCCCUUCGGAGCAGAAGACAACAGAGACCAACUCUGCUUCUCCUUAUUGGCCCUCUAUGAAUCUGUACAGAAUGGAGCCAGAGCUAGACAGCCCCCACCUCAUCUCACUGGGGGUAAGAUCUAUAAAGUGUGCCCCCAUCAGGUGGUCUGCGGCUCCAAGUAUCUUGUUCGAGGUGAGAGUGCUCGUGACCACGUGGAUCUGCUUGCCUCUUCCCGACACUGGCCACCUAUCUAUGUGGUAGAUAUGGCUACACCAGUGGCCCUGUGUGCUGACCUCUGCUACCCAGAGCUGACCAGCCAGAUGUGGGGGAAGAACCAAGGCUGUUUCUCUAGCCCCACAGAGCCGCCUGUGAGUGUGUCCUGCCCUGAGCUCUUGGACCAGCAUUAUUCUGUGGAUAUGACAGAGGCUGAGCACUCCGUCCAGCACCCAGUGACUAAGACUGCCACGCGGCGCAUCGUCCAUGCAGGCACACAGCCCAGUCCUGGUGACCCCAGCUCUGGCCACCACUCCUUGUCCCUGUGCCCUGAGUUGGCACCCUACGCAAACAUCCUGGCCUCCAUCGUGAACAGCAAACCAAACAAUGUCCGCCAGCGGCCCAUUGCCUUUGACAAUGCCACCCACUAUUACCUCUACAACCGCCUCAUGGACUUCCUCACCAGCCGUGACAUUGUCAACCGGCAGAUCCAUGACAUUGUGCAGAACUGCCAGCCUGGCGAGGUGGUCAUUCGAGACACCCUCUACCGCCUUGGGGUUGCUCAGAUCAAGACAGAGACAGAGGAGGAGGGUGAGGAAGAAGAGGUGGCCGCAGUGGCAGAAUAAGCCAGGCUGCUGUACAGGGAUUGCACCAUCUCUCUCAAGCCAUAGUACGGCCCUUGCCCAAUGCAGAUCUCUCCAGGGGACUUGUAGAAGCAGUCACCUGUGGGAAGGGCCUCUGACUGCUGGGACUGACCAAAGAGCUUCCAUCUCCUGAGCAUGGUGGGGCCCAGGGUUCUUGCUUCUUAAUCCUUUGGGGCUGAGGAGAGUUGCCAAGAAACCUCUCAUUGGCCCUGAGAGAGCUUGGGGGACAUGGUGUGCUUAAGCUGAAGGAGUGGGGCUGAGGAAUAGGCACACAGUGGCUUCCUGGGGCUUGCUGCUGGUUGGGAUAGAAGCCUGGGUGGGCUGAGGCAGGAGCCCUUGCACUAGGUGGGGCAGCUGCUGAGGUAUCUCCCCCACCCCCAUCUCCCCUGGGAUGAGCCCUGGUUCCAGCCCUCUGGCCACAUGAGCUCCUUAGCCUAUUGCCUUGACUAGGGGCCUUGGUGCCCUCAUUCACACUAGGGUUCUUGAUACUCCCCAAAGGAGGGAUGCAUUUUUCUCUGACUCUUCCUGUACCCACCUCUGGGGGAAGCUGGGGAGGGAGGGACAGUCAGCCACAGCUCUCUUCCAGGACUGUUCUCUGCCCUGAGUUUUGGGGAACAGAGUCCCCUUCCUGCUUUCCCUGGCCACUGCUGCUGCACCCUACAUCCUCUCUGGGCCCUGGAACCCACACCACAGAGGGGAUGUGGCCCAUGGUUGUGACAUAACCUGGCAGCAGUAGGAAAACUCCCUUCUGUGAAGGGGAAGCAGACUGGGCCAUAUGGAAACAGCAGGACUGGCUCAAGUGCCCACAGUUUGCUUAGGGCCCGAGAAUUGGCCAAGUACUUAAUUUAUUGAGAGGAGUGGAGUAGGUGGCUUUUCCCCCCCUCUCUUCCCCAACAAGAAUAAAGUUUAUUAAAUUAUCUGGU